CUAAACAAACGCACAGUUCCUUGGCAAACAGCAUUUCCUCCAGUCAUACGUGUAGAGUUAACAAAAAAAAAAAAAAAACAAUUGUUUUUCUAGUGCCAUCAAUUGGUUAUUAUUAAUAUAAUGAGUUCUAUUCGCAAGAAACUGGUAAUUGUAGGCGAUGGGGCAUGUGGCAAGACCUGCCUGUUGACUGUCUUCUGCAAAGACAAUUUCCCCUUGGAUUAUGUGCCGACAGUAUUCGAAACAUAUGUUGCGGAUGUGGAAGUUGAAGGAUCUCAGGUGGAACUGGCGCUGUGGGACACGGCCGGGCAGGAGGAUUACGAUCGCUUGCGGCUUCUAAGCUAUCCUGAUACGGAUGUGAUUGUCAUGUGCUUCUCGAUUGAUCUGCCGGAUUCGCUGGAAAACAUACAGGACAAAUGGAUACCCGAAGUGACACACUUCUGUCCGAAUGUGCCCAUCAUUUUGGUGGGCAACAAACGCGACUUGCGCCAUGAUCCCGACACCAUAAAGGAACUAUCCAUGCAAAAGCAGCACACCGUCACGGCCGAGGAGGGGCUUACCAUGGCCGAAAUAGUCAACGCAUUUGCCUAUCUCGAAUGCUCGGCCAAAAUGCAGGAGGGUGUGCGCGAGGUGUUCGAAACGGCGACCAGAGCCUCUUUGCAGGUGCACAAGAAGAAGAAGCGAGCGAGAUGUUUGCAAUUAUCGUGCAGGCUACUUUAAAUUAUAAUAUUAUGAUUAUUCUUGAAAUUUUCACGUUUAUCGCAUGGUUUUAACAAAAACAAAAAUAAUGCUGCUUGCGUUCACUUCCGCCUUCCAUUUAUAUUUUGAUAUUAUCAAUUUAACAAAAAAAAAAAAAAACAAUUUCCGCUUAAAUUCAGAUUGUUCAAUGGAAAAGUACUCAAUCAAA